AGAGCGCAACAGGCAGCCUCCACUGCAUUCGGGAAAUCCUGGAAGUUUUCCACACUGGCUUAGCUCUGACUCUCACGCAGUCCCCCCCCCUCUCUAAAAGUUUGCUGUCAUAGGAGAAGGAUGUCCCGGGCAGGGGGGCGGGCCUCUCCCCCUCUGCCAAACACACCUCCCCCCCGGGGGGGGGCGGGGGCAGCCCCUUAAAAAGGCCCAGCUCCGGCCGGCGCCUGCAGCACUAGCCAACGCAAGAGCAGCCGCGUGGGGUGAGCUACCUUUUGCCUGCUCUAGGAGCCGGAGUCGCGCCGUCUGUGAAAUGGGUCUAUCGCGCGGCAAGCUCUGCUGCCUGGCUCUGGUGGGCUUGGUGGCCCUGGCGGGAGCCGCGAUCCUAGCCGUGCUCCUGACCCGGUCCCGGUGCGCUCCUCCGAGGUACCCUCGGGCAGCGGUGGCGGCGGACACCCAAACCUGCUCCGACAUUGGCAGGUAAGAGGGUCGGGCUGGAGGGCGAUGGAGGGGCGGGAAGGGGGUCUUCUUUCUCUGGGACUCUCUUUUCCAAGCCUCUGUGUACACACACACACACACACACACACACACACACACACACACACACUUACCCUUCCUUUUGCCUGGGUUCUUGGCAUUUCUGGGUCUUUGCAUCACAGCUCAGUCAGGCCAGAGAAAGCGAGACAGUGGUUUCUCCUUCUGAGAUGGGACUUGCCUUGGCACUUGUUGUGACUUCAAACUCUCCCCUGCUUCACCCAGAGGAGCCAAAUACUUUUUGGGGUGGGCUGGUUUCCCCCAAAGUUGAUGGCCCUUGUCAUUCAAAUGGUGUUGGUGUGUCCCAUCAUGUGAUCAAUUAACUGAGGUGAGGCUUACCUGUGUCCCCCCCCCCCAAUAUUUUAUUCAAGUUGGCACCCCUGGCUCGAGCCAAGGGUUUUUCCAGGAGCCCUUCACCUCCCCAGGGCGAGACCUCCUUGUCACCCUGGACAUCACCUUCGGGGCCACAAUAUUCUGUCCUGUGCUCCUACAUGGAAUCAUUGAAUUGUAGAGUCGGAAGGGACCCGAGGGUCAUCCAGUCCAACCCCCUGCAAUGCAGGAAUUGCAACUAAAGCACCUGUGGCAGGUGGCCAUCUAACCUCUGCUUAACAAUCUCCAACGGAGGAGAGAGUCCACAGCUACCUCCUGGAGAAGUUCCUCCUGCUAUUUAUCGUCUCUUAUUGUCAGAAAGUUCUUCCUUAUGUUUAAGCCUGGAUGGCUUUAGAGGAGGAUUAGAAUCAUGGGUGCAGCCAGGAUUUGUGGUUAUUUUGGAGGGUGGGGCAGGACCCUUACCUGCCCCUAGCAGAUUCAGAAAGCAAUGUCUCAACAACGGUUCUUUUGUAUUAUUUUCUUUUGACCCCAAGCACUCGGAAAUAUCUGCCAAAAUCUUUCUACAGUUUUAGUUAAGUACUUUUAUUUGUUGACUUGGUUUAGGGGAAGCCGCGCCCAUGAUUAGACAAAUCCAGCGGUUCUCAACCUGUGGGCCCCCCCCGAUGUUGUUGGACUACAACUCCCAUCAUCCCUGAGCACUGGCCUCGCUAGCUAGGGGUGAUGGGAGUUGUAGUUCAACAACAUCUGGAGACCCACAGGUUGAGAAAGGCUGGGCAAAUCCAUGGAGGAGAGGGCUAUUGACGGCUACUAGCCAGGAUGGCAAUGCACUGGCUGGCUCUGUGGGUCAGAGGCAGCAAUGAUUCUGAAUUCCAGCUGCUGGAAACCUCAGGAGGGGAGAAGGCUUUUGUGUUUGAAUCCUGUUUGAGGGUUCUCGCCCCCGCCGCCCCUUUGGGGCCUCUGUUUGACCACCAUGAGAACAGGAUGCUGAGCUAGAUGGACCAUUGGCCUGAUCCAGCGGGCUCGUCUGGUAUUCUUUUAUGUUCUUAAACUAAGAAGGCUGUUUGGGUAAGGUAAAGGGGCCCCUGACCAUUAGGUCCAGUCAUGACCGACUCUGGGGUUGCGGCGCUCAUCUCGCUUUAUUGGCCAAGGGAGCCGGCAUACAGCUUCCGGGUCAUGUGGCCAGCAUGACUAAGCUGCUUCUGGCGAACCAGAGCAGCGCACAGAAACGCCGUUUACCUUCCCGCCGGAGAGGUACCUAUUUAUCUACUUGCACUUUGACGUGCUUUCAAACUGCUAGGUUGGCAGGAGCAGGGAUUGAACAACGGGAGCUCACCCCGUCGCGGGGAUUCGAACCGCCGACCUUCUGAUUGGCAAGUCCUAGACUCUGUGGUUUAACCCACAGUGCCACCUGCAUCCCGCUGUUUGGUUAGGGAUCUGCCAAAAAAGCACCCCUGCCCUGCAAAAAUCGGGGCUUGCCCCAAACAUUUUGCAGCCUGAAGAGGUGCACACCUCCCCAAGUCCAUGGAUAGAAACCACCAGCCCAACUUUUGUUGCUGUUGUUGCUGUUUAAAUACUAUGUUUUUCACUCCAUAAGACGCACCUGACCAUAAGACGAACCUAGUUUUUAGAGGAGGAAAACAAGAAAAAAAAAUAUUCUGAACGAAACAGUGGGUGUAUGAUUUUUGUGGUUGAUGCUGUGGCCAAAGACAUGCAAUGUGACCUGAUGGUGAAUUUGGGGUGACCCAAUGCAAAAAUCCUGAGGAUCCAUGUGGAUCCAUGCUUUGUAACCACGUUUUUGCGCCAUUGUGGCCCCAGUAAACAGUGGAUGCGUGUGUGGUUUUGGUGCGGGCUGUAGCCAUGGGCAUGCUAUGUGAUCUGAUGGUGAAUUUGGGGUAACCCAAUGCAAAAAUCCUGAGGAUCCAUGUGCUUUUACCUCUCCCCUCCCAGCCAGCCUCCUUUAUCACUAGCAUCCCUUAUCUCCCUCCUGAUCGCUUGCCGAUCAGCUGCUCAGUGGCUUCGUUUCAACACCCCCUUCCCUCUUUCUAAAAAGAAAAAAAAAGCACAAUCUGCUUUUCGCCCCUGGGCAAUUCGGCUCCAGGGACCACACAUUCGCUCCAGACUUUCCUCUUACUUUUUAGGAGGAAAAAAGUGCAACUUAUGGAGCGAAAAAUACGGUAAUUUUUAUUAAAGAUUUUCUUCAGAAGUUCGUCCAUUGUUUCCUUUUUUUCAGGUUGUAGACUCUUUUCUAUAUAUUUUUUGUUGUAAAUUUAUUUUCAACAUCUUCCUCCAAGGAGCUGAAGGUGGCACACGUAGUUCCCCCUCUCCUCAUUUAAUCCCCACAACAACCCUGUGAGGUAGUCUAGGCAGAGAGAAGGCAGUGACUGGUCCAAGGUCAGCCAGUGAGCUUCACAUGGCUGAGUGGGAGAUUUGAACCCUGGUCUCCCAGGUCUUAAUCUAACCUAACCUAACCUAACCUAACCUAACCACUGCACCAGAUUGGCUGUUGAGUUUCAGGCCUAAUCCUGGUGACAGGAAGGCAUCCUCUUCCAGCCCAAGGGAAGCAGGAAAUGACCAUAAAAACCUGUGAUAAAAUAAUAAUACAGUGGUACCUUGGAAUUCGAAUGGAAUCCGUUCCCGAAGUCCGUUCGACUUCCAAAAUGUUUGGAAACCAAGGCACGGCUUCCAAUUGGCUGCAGGACGUUUAUUUCCAGGUUUGCAGCUCGCAAGGGGUUCGGGAUCCAAGGUAUGACUGUAAUUCUGCUUUCCCUAGUGCUUCUAUUAUUGGAUAGCUUUAGCAUACUCAGGAAUCCAAAGUUUUGUGUCUCUUUUGUAGGAAAUGCAUACUUUUUGUGCAUUCUGCAAUUUCCAUUUUUAACUGUACUGCUACUCCUUCUGCCAAUGAGCUUCUGUUGCCUUUCUCUGUAGGCCUGCCCAGACACCAUUCAUAAUAUUCCUCUGCAACUGAAAUGUGUGAAAUGUCAGGUUUCUCUAUCUCCAUACACAAACUUUUACCUACACUUGCCCUAGAUCAGCCUUCCAGAUGUUUGGGACUCCAACUCCCAUCAGCCCUAGCCAGCACUCAGAGCUGAUGGGAGUUGGAGUCUAAAAGAUCGGGAGGGCACCAGGUUGGGGAAGACUGCACUAUACAAGACACAAGACCAUUCUCCACGCAGGGGCUCAUGGAGACCUCAGUGGGGUAAGGGAACCCUGGACACAGACACAAUCUGAAUUAAGCAACCCAGAAGGUAAAAGGGAAACAGAAGAGAGGGUUGUCUCAGGCAAAUUCGGGCCCUUGGAGCAUAUGACAGUCACCCCUGGAGCCCCAAGCAAGCAUGGAGGGAAGGGGACUUUUAACGGGGUUCAGGGAUCCUGUCCCAGGCCACCAAGCCAUUACUUUGUGGGGCGGGGCAAAAUUGUGUCGUGAAUGAGAAUGUUUAUGCAGACUGUGGACUCAGCUGAAGGUAAAGGUAAAGGGACCCCUGACCAUUAGGUCCAGUUGUGGCCGACUCUGGGGUUGCGGUGCUCAUCUCGCUUAAUUGGCCAAGGGAGCCGGCGUACAGCUUCCGUGGCCAGCAGGACUAAGCCGCUUCUGGCGAACUAGAGCAGCGCACGGAAAUGGCGUUUACCUUCCCGUCGGAGCGGUACCUAUUUAUCUACUUGCACUUUGAUGUGCUUUCGAACUGCUAGGUUGGCAGGAGCAGGGACUGAGUAACGGGAGCUCACCCUGUUGCGGGGAUUCGAACCGCCAACCUUCUGAUCGGCAAGUCCUAGCUCUGGUUUAACCCACAGCACCACCCGCGUCCCGUGGACUCAGCUAUACAGCUGCAAAUAAAACGCUUUAAAUGUAAUGUGCAAUAUACAAAUGCAACACUAGAUGGUGACAGUGAGCUACGCCAAAUCCAAUGUAUUUUUCAAAACUUUUUUUUUUAAAAAAGAAACAUUUUCACAACUUUUUUUAUAUGCGUGUAGAUUCCACCUGUGUGUCAAUGGGGUGCCAAAUCAGAAGCUGCUGGAUGUUAGAAGCAGCAGGCAGAAAGAAGUGAGAUGGGGGGUGGUUGGCCCAGACAUGUCUCUGGGGAGGUGGGUCUAUGAACCACCACUGCCCCCCCACCUGACCUUCUCUUGUUUCCAGGGGGAGUUGACAGCCUUCCACUAUACUCCAACCAUUUCAUCUCACAGGUAUAGUUCUCUGAAGGGAAAAUCCCCAGGAAGAUAUUGCUUCCCCCCCACCCCUAGUGCUCAGAACAGCUCUCUUUCCCCCUCCUUCCUGGUACCUCUCCUUCUUCCGAGGAACCCCUUAUGAGACACAGAGCAUAUUCCUACCUGCUUUAGCUGGGAUUCCUGCACUGCAUCUAGUUGCAUUAGAUGGCCCUUUGGGUCCCUUCCAGCCCUACAGUUCUAUGAUUCCCCCACCUGUGGGGUAGAGGAAUGAAUGGUGCUGUUAUAACACCAAAGUUGCAGGUUCGAUUCCUAUAUGGGACAAACUGCAUAUUCCUUUAUUGUAAGGAAUUUUAUGAUCCUCAGGGUGCCUUGCAACUCUAGAUUUCUAUGAUCUAUGACCAUCGUUUGAAACUGGCACUUCUCCAGAUUUUGCAGCGCAAGCAACGUGCACAAGAAAGAUUAGAUAAAGCUUGCGUUUUAAAAAUAGAUAUGUUAGUUAAAAACAGCUUGCAAAAAAAGAGUUACGUACUAGGAGAACAUCUCUUACGAGGACAUGUACGUCAGGAGAACUGCACACCAAAAUGGUGCUGAGUUUUGUGAUAGGAAUUUUGAGGUCUUAGAUAUAUGUUAAAUGUUCAUAAGUGUACCAACAAAGCACGUACAUAAAUCAGCACAGGAAGACCGACCCGGAACCAUUUUUUAUUCCCAAACUGUCCCAAACUGACCAAAUGUUUUCUCUGCAAGGUCAACGGAAAAUGGAAAAGCCUCCCCAUUGUCUUUUCCUUCACAAAUCCUGUCUUAAGGGUAUGUCUUUGUUUGAAUAGGGUGAGCCUGUGACCUGACUCAGGAACUAAGUAUUUAUCAUUACUAAGUAUUUUGCAUUACAAAAGACUGGCCAGGCUCCCAAGGGUAUCCAAUAAAGUAACCUGCCAGACAGGAGAAAAACAACAUUCAAAUUUCUGUUUUAGACCGCCUUUUCUGUGAUGUAGGUAUGAUGUAUCUGGGGUGGUGGUCUUGAGCUACACCCCUUCUGUGAUGUAUGUAUGAUGUAUGUGGGGGUGGUCUUGAUCUACAGGGUGGCAAUUUCAAAAGUCUAUAUAAGGCCUUGCGCACCAUUGUUCUGGGUUCCUCCUGUCUCCUGAGUCUGUUGAGUGGGGACCCUGUUGCAACAGAUCAAUAAAGAUCAGGCUUACUAGCUGCUUUGCUUCUCAAUAUUCUCUGGUUGGCCUCUGUUAUUUUCUCCUACCAAUAGGGAACCUAUGUAAGGACUCUAUAUGGGCUCUUGGAUACCCCCAUAAAGGAAAAGGGCAAUUUUUGUUUACAACAGUUUCUUUAAAAUGUUAAUAAAAAAGAAUGCAAACUCCCAUGGAAAUGUGGAGAGCUGAAUUUAAGACUGGGAAAAAUGAGAAAGGGCAGAUUUGCCUCCCCCGUCCCUCCCUCCAAUGGGUGGAUUACAUCCUGGAGUCUCCUUCACAAACCUCCAAGGAAGGUGAUCCAACUCUGGAUUGGAAAGCCAACAUUCCAUUGGCCAAUCGAUGACCCGAUGAGAAGGCAUUUCCCUCUCAGAUAUCUAAUAAAGGCAUUUUCCAUCCCAGCCAGCCAGCGAAUCCCUCUGCCUUAUCUCCUCCUUCAAAGCCAUAGAGGCCUUUAUCUCCCUCCUUUCUCAAAUAUUUGCAGAUCUUGGCAUUCCCCUCUAAUCUUAGGACCUUCCAUCCUCUCGGCUUUUCUUGCUAUCCUCCCAGUUCUCCUCCGUUUGUCCAAACACUGUUAUGGUUUUCUUCACAGGGCGGAGGGUCAAAGUAUACGUCUGUGGAAGCACAGGACAUGUGUGGUUAAGAGCACGUGAUUCUUAUGUAUGCAGUGCAUAUAGAUAAGGUAUGGAACUUGCUCCAUACCUAUCUAUGAAGGUCUCCAACGUGUAUGGCUUGAAAAGAGAAUGAGACAAAUGCUUGAAGGAGAGGGCUAUCCAUCGCUGCUAGUCAGAAUGGCUGUGCUCUGGUUCUAUGACUGGAGACAGCAAGGCUUCUGAAAACCACUGGGGAUGGGGUGGUACUAGGGUCCUGCUUGUAGGUUUUCCCAUUGGGGCAUCUGGUUGGCCACUGUGAGGACAGAGACUCAGCUACACUCAGUCAGUUAUAUCGUUGCAACUCCGUUGUAAAGACACGACACCAGAUGGCGCUGUAGAGCACAAAAAUUGUCUAUGCGAUUUUACAUAGGGUUCCCCCCCUUUUGUUAUAAUAAUCCCCUAUUUAUCUACUUGGGACACAGGUGGCGCUGUGGGUUAAACCACAGAGCCUAGGACUUGCCGAUCAGAAGGUCAGCGAUUCGAAUCCCCAAGACGGGGUGAGCUCCCGUUGCUCGGUCCCAGCUCCUGCAAACCUAGCAGUUCAAAAGCACGUCAAAGUACAAGUAGAUAAAUAGGUACCGCUCCAGCGGGAAGGUAAACGGCGUUUCCGUGCGCUGCUCUGGUUCGCCAGAAGCGGCUUAGUCAUGCUGGCCACAUGACCUGGAAGCUGUAUGCCAGCUUCCUCGGCCAAUAAAGCGAGAUGAGCGCCGCAACCCCAGAGUCGGUCAUGACUGGACCUAAUGGUCAGGGGUCCCUUUACCUUAUUUAUCUACUUGCACUGGUGUGCUUUCGAACUGCUAGGUUGGCAGGAGCUGGGAUAGAGCAACGGGAGCUCACCCAUUGCAGGGAUUUGAAUCACUGACCUUCUGAUCAGCAAGCCCAAGAGGCUCAGUGGUUUAGACCACAACGCCACCUGCUCCCUAUAAUAGGCUGCAAACACAAAGGGAAAUGAACAGAUAAUGGCAAAGGGAACCUUCUCUUUAAAAAGUGGCUUUGAAACAACAAAUGGAGGAAAGGCGUUUUGCAGAGAUAAAAGCUGCAAACAAAAACUGGAAGCUGUUUGAUGGGAAGGCCCUCCCUGAUCCCUCCUAGUGAUUAAGAAAACCACAUGUAGUCCUUGAGACAGUUCUGCUGCUGCUGCUGUUGUUGAAUUUAUACCCCACCUUCCUGCUAAAGUACAAAAGGUGGUUUAUACAAAACUAGCACCAUUUUAAAAGAACACAAAAAAUUAACCCCAAAAGAAAAAAAAAAUAAACAUUAAAAACCAACAGCACUUUAGAAACAAGCAAGCUGCGGUUUUAAAAGCAGGUGACACAAUAGACCCUGGGAUUUCUUUUGUAAAAGCUUCCUUAAAAAUAACAACAACACAGUAGUGCCUUUUGGGAAUUAUAGGGGUAGAACUACCUAAACAGUACAGAGAUUUAUUCAUGUAUGCGACUACAGCGGCAAGAAUGUUAUUUGCCCCCGAAUGGAAAGAAGAAGAAGUCCCGACGAAAGAAGAAUGGAGACAAAAACUUAUGGACUAUGCAGAAAUGGCAAAACUUGCUGGAAAAAUAAGAAAUCAAGAUAACAAACUUUUAAUAAAAGAACGGAAAUGGUUUGUCGAAUAUUUACAAAUAAGCUGUAAAAGGAUAAGAACAUUGGCAGGAUUAUUGUAAUAACCUGCAGUUUCAUAAGUGUAUAUAAUUAAAGUACAGUGGUACCUCUACUUAUGAGCACCUCUGGUUACGUAUCCUUUGGGAUACGCAUGUGGCAAACCCGGAAGUAUUUUUCCGGGUUUCACCCCGCGAGCAUGUGCAGAAGCGCUCUACCGCGCAGCAAGUAUGCGCAGAAGAGGCCCGUCCGCAACCGGAGGUACCACUGUAGAUGAAUAUAAGAGUAAGUUAAGUUAAUUUAGAAUAUGCAGAAAAUGAUAUAAAAUAAAUUUAAGGAACUGCAGAAAGAGGAGGAAGGAAGUCGAGUUUUGAAAUGUUGACUGUAAAACUAUUGAAAUGUAUAUAACUGAAAAUCAAAAAUCAAAAAUUAAAAAACAACAACACAGUUAGGCCUGUAUUAAGAACCACAGUGGCCACUUCUGAAACCUUAAAAGCAGACAGCCCACCUGGAGAUUUCAGUCUAGCUGAACCAGCAGACAAUUGAGCUCCCCAUCCCAUGGAUGAUGUAUAUGUAUCUAUAAAGCUUUUGUCUUCAUCACAAGCAAAUGAAAGGCAUCUAUAGAGGAGAGGCAUUUAGCAGUUGGCAGUAUCUGUUUCCAAAGAACAUCCAUCUUGGAGUUGUAUUGGACAGCUCAAUGAAGGGAGAAGGGGGAAUUCCAUGCUAAGGGACUGAAAGUAAAACUGCCAGUACCAUAAAGCCCUAAUUCAAAACUAUGGUGCAGCUGGAAUAGUGCCUGCAGUCCUGGUGAAAUCGCUUCACAAAAUAGAUGGAAGAGUUGGAAAAGGUUCAGAAAAGGGCAAGGAAACUCCCACGUGAAGAAAAGUUGCGACAUUUGGGACUUUUCAGUUUGGAGGAAAGGCAACAUGUCAGAGGUGACAUGUCAAAGGUGUGCAAAAAUUAUUCAUUAUUUCUUUAUAGUUGAUCCUUCCUCCCAGAGGAGCCUGUUUUUUCCAUGGUGUGGGAAACACAUCCCUUUCACAAAUUAACACUAGUGUGUGUGUGGGGGGGGACAUUCAGACCAUAUUCCCAAUUUUUUAAACAAGGUUUUUGGACUUUUCAGGGGAGUCAUUUGUGGGGGUGGGAGGGACUGAUUUGCUCUUGGUCUGUUUUAAUUGUCUCCAGUUCAGGGUUAUUGGGGGGCAUUCUGAUCAUCUUCAGUUUUUCUUCUGUGAAAUGGGUAUUUUGUGGCACCCAUGACUGUUUCCAAAUGUACUCUGGGGCCUCAAAAUAGUUGGUGGAGCCCUUGUUCCUUCCUGGUUUUACUGUGCCCCCCCGCCCCCCCCGGCCGCCAAUCUCUUCUUUGCCCACUUUUUUUAAUGAGAGCCAUUUCCACCCCCAUUCUUUAGAAGUGGCCGCCGAAACCAUAUAACACUGGUCCUGAAAGACCUACAUUGGCUCCCAGUGCGUUUCCGAGCACAAUUCAAAAUGUUGGUGCUGACCUUUAAAGCCCUAAACAGCCUCGGUCCUGUAUACCUGAAGGAGCGUCUCCACCCCCAUCGUUCAGCCCGGACACUGAGGUCCAGCUCCAAGGAUCUCCUGACAGUUCCCCCACUGUGAGAAGUGAGGUUACAGGGAACCAGGCAGAGGGCCUUCUCGGUAGUGGCACCUGCCCUGUGGAACUCCCUCCCACCAGAUGUCAAGGAAAUAAACAACUAUCUGACUUUUAGAAGACACCUGAAGGCAACCCUAUAUCGGGAUUUUUUUUUAAAAAAAUAAUUUUUAUUUGGUUUUACAAGCGUAAAGUUAUAACAAUACCAAAGGAAUGUCCACACUUUGAGAUUUCUCUGAAUCUCCUGACUUCCCCCCAUCCCCUCCUUGGGUCUCAUUGCAGACGUUUUCAACUGCAUAUUAUUUCGUGAUCCACGUUUUGUAUCUGUCCAUAGUGAUUGUUACAUUACAUGUGUUCUUAAGGUCCUGCUAAUAUUUUCAUCUGCUUACAGUGGUCUCCUAAAUAUAUUAUAAUUCCACCCCCUCAUCCUUUCUUAAAAGUUUUUGUCUUUUUGGUUCCUGAGCUUUCCGGUCAGUUUAGCCAUUGUAUCAGGAAUUUUUUGAUGUUUAAUGUUUUACAAUUUUUUAUGUAUUGUAAGCUGCCCAGAGUGGCUGGGGAAACCCAGCCAGACAGGCGGGUUAUAAAUAAUAAUAAUAAUAAUAAUAAUAAUAAUAAUAAUAAUUUUGUGACUUUUGAAUGCCCCCUCCUCUUUCUUCUGAACAGGGAUAUCUUGAAGCAGGGAGGCUCAGCUGUCGACGCUACCAUCGCUGCCUUGAUCUGUACCGCUGUCCUGAACCCGCAAAGCAUGGGCCUCGGCGGAGGUGUAAUCUUCACCAUCUAUAACGCAUCCACAGGUAGGCACAGCCAGUGCACAUUACCGCACCAAGUCUAUUUCUCCAUGAAGGAUUAAUUGGUGGAGGCAUCCGAGGGUGUGGCAAAAGCGGCCCCUUUGGAUCUUCGAUUUCCAAACCAGCGCCAAACAGGGUUGUUGUUGUUUAGUCGUUUAGUUGUGUCCGACUCUUCAUGACCCCCUGGACCAGAGCACGCCAGGCACUCCUGUCUUCCACUGCCUCCCGCAGUUUGGUCAGACUUAGGCUGGUAGCCUCGAGAACACUGUCCAACCAUCUCGUCCUCUGUCAUCCCCUUCUCCUUGUGCCCUCCAUCUUUCCCAACAUCAGGGUCUUUUCCAGGGAGUCUUCUCUUCUCAUGAGGUGGCCAAAGUAUUGAAGCCUCAGCUUCAGGAUCUGUCCUUCCAGUGAGCACUCAGGGCUGAUUUCCUUCAGAAUGGAGAGGUUUGAUCUUCUUGCAGUCCAUAGGACUCUCAAGAGUCUCUUCCAGCACCAUAAUUCAAAAGCAUCAAUUCUUCGGCAAUCAGCCUUCUUUAUGGUCCAGCUCUCACUUCCAUAAAUCACUACUGGGAAAACCAUAGCUUUAACUAUGCGGACCUUUGUUGGCAAGGUGAUGUCUCUGCUUUUUAAGAUGCUGUCUAGGUUUGUCAUUGCUUUUCUCCCAAGAAGCAUUGCUUUUUCUCCCAAGAAUUUCGUGGCUGCUGUCACCAUCUGCAGUGAUCAUGGAGCCCAAGAAAGUAAAAUCUCUCACUGCUUCCAUUUCUUCCCCUUCUAUUUGCCAGGAGGUGAUGGGCCCAGUGGCCAUGAUCUUUGUUUUUUUGAUGUUGAGCUUCAGACUAUAUUUUGCGCUCUCCCCUUUCACCCUCAUUAAAAGGUUCUUUAAUUCCUCCUCACUUUCUGCCAUCAAGGUUGUGUCAUCUGCAUAUCUGAGGUUGUUGAUAUUUCUUUUGGCAAUCUUAAUUCUGGCUUGGGAGUCAUCCAGCCCAGCCAAACAUGGUACCCUCCCCCUAUCCUGCUUUUCAAAUCGGUAAGAAGCUUUGUGGCAAGCUGCAUUUGCUUUAUGCACUGGAGAGAUCAUGGGGCGAGUCUGUGUAGCACAGGGGAAGGUGGCACCGUUGCUGGUGAUCAUCACAAUCUCCCCCUGACACUCGCACAUGGCAGUGCUGAAGCUGCAGAUAAUGGCCCCUCCUCCAAAUCUUUGAGCAAAACGUGCUCCGAAACCCAACAAACCUCUCAGCUGUUGUGGGGCGGGGCAGCUAGGAUGUCCCGUGAAGCAUGGGUCCUAUGAGGAAUGGCCCCAAUGGGAGCCCCAAUGAAGGACAAGAAAGUUCUGGAUUUUGGGUUUAUUGGGUCAGAGGUCCUUGGCUCUGAUACAGCCCCCAAGCCCACCAGUCUCACAACCUUCCCCCCCCCCUGGGAAAACAGACUCAAGUUCCCCAAGGGAUCAGAGUCUUAGCAAGUCCUUCCUGAGGAAUUUUGUCUUUCUUCAGCCUAGGGUCUUCUCUAGUAAUAGGUUAUCAGUAGUGGCGCCCGCCCUGUGGAAUGCCCUCCCAUCAGAUGUCAAGGAAAUAAGCAACUACAGUGCUACCUCGGGUUACAUACGCUUCAGGUUACAAAUGCUUCAGGUUACAGACUCCGCUAACCCAGAAAUAGUACCUCGGGUUAAGAACUUUGCUUCAGGAUGAGAACAGAAAUCGCGCGGUGGGAGCGCGGCAGCAGCAGGAGGCCUCAUUAGCUAAAGUGGUGCUUCAGGUUAAGAACAGUUUCAGGUUAAGAACGGACCUCCGGAACGAAUUAAGCACUUAACCUGAGGUACCACUGUAUCUGACUUUUAGAAGACGUAUGAAGGCAGUCCUAUAUAGGGAGGCUUUUAAUGGUUUUUUUGUGUUUUAAUACUUGUUGGAAACUGCCCAGAAUGACGGGGGCAACCCAGUCAGAUGGGCAGGAUAUAAAUAAAACAACAACAGCAACAAUUAUUAUUAUUAUUAUUAUUAUUAUUAUUAUUAUUAACACUUGCCUGGGUGCAGACAAGUCCACCGCUGCAGUAUUUGCCCUGUGUAAAAGCAGCAGGACUUUGCACUCUGUGUUGUAAGUUGACACCUUUUUAAAAAUAAAUCACUAAAACAGGCCAUUCUGGUGUUUUUGACAUCCUUCUUUGGUAUCCCUGCACCAAACCAGUCACACAGGCCCUCCUUCCGGCCUGCGGUUCAGAGUACCAGCCAGGCUUGAGACAGAAUCCUGUCUGAAGCCCUGGAGAGCCAUUGCUUCUGGUCUGUGCAGGCAGUACUGGGUUAGAUGGACCCAAGGGUCUGACUCUGAAUAAGGCAGCUUCCUAUGUAAAUGGGACAGCCAUGGGAGAAGCCAGUUUGCCUGAGGUCAUUGGUCCCAGUGGUGUAGUGGUUAGGAGCAGUAGUCUCGUAAUCUGGGGAACCGGGUUCGCGUCUCCGCUCCUCCACAUGGAGCUGCUGGGUGACCUUGGGCCAGUCACACUUCUCUGAAGUCUCUCAGCCUCACUCACCUCACAGAGUGUUUGUUGUGGGGGAGGAAGGGAAAGGAGAAUGGUAGCCGCUUUGAGACUCCUUAGGGUAGUGAUAAAGCAGGAUAUCAAUUCUAAACUCAUCCUCCAAUCUUCACCUUGGCAUUUGCCCCUUUGAUUUCUCCAGGGAAAGUGGAGGUGCUCAAUGCUCGUGAGAGGGCCCCGCAGAAUAUCUCUGGCAAUUUGAUGGCUGAGUGCAGUAAGAAGGGUUUUCCAGGUAAGAAGAGUCCUUGUAUAUAAAAAAGGCUGAGGGGAGGAGGGUUGUGAGGGAGGGGCAGCUCCCCCCACUGCUCACAGGUGACGACUGAGUCAUUCCCUUGAAGAGGAGAAGGAUCCCUUUAAGAGGAGAAGUAUUGAGGCCUCCACCCCAUUUCUGGUCAAUGGCCCUUGUGCCGCAAGACCACAAGGUCUCCUGACCAAGGGAUAGCUCGGUUGGUAGAGCAUGAGACUCUUAAUCUCAAGGACAUAGGUUUGAGCCCCACACUGGGCAAAAGAUUCCUGCAUUGCAGGGGGUUGGACUCGAAAAGGGGUCAGCAAACUUUUUCAGCAGGGGGCCAGUUCACUGUCCCUCAGACCUUGUGGGGGCCAGACUAUAUUUUUUGGGGGGGAAAUGAAUGAAUUCCUAUGCCCCACAAAUAACCCAGAGAUGCAUUUUAAAUAAAAACACACAUUCUACUCAUGUAAAAACACGCUGAUUCCAGGACUCGUCCGUGGGGCGGAUUUAGAAGGCAAUUGGGCCGGAUCCGGCCCCCGGGCCUUAGUUUGCCUACUCAUGACCUACACAAUAUUCAGGGACCGGUCCACUGUCCCUCAGACCUUGUGGGGGACCGGACUAUAUUUUUUGGGGGAAAGAAAAGAACAAAUUCCCAUGCCCCACAAAUAACCCAGAGAUGCAUUUUAAAUAAAAACACACAUUCUACUCUUGUAAAAACACGCUGAUUUCCCGGACUGUCCACAGGCUGGAUUUAAAAGGCGAUUGGGCCGGAUCCAGGCCUCAGGCCUUGAUUUGCCUACCCAUGGCUAGAUGAUGCUUAGGGUCCCUUCCAGUUCUACAGUUCUAUGAUUCUAUGAUGCCAAGCUGUCAUCAGCAAGCAUAAGGACUAAGUCCUCCUGCUCUGAAGCACAACUGAGAUCCCCAGGUUUUCCUUACAGGCUGGCAAGGAGUUGAGCCACAGUCUUAUUUGGAGCCAGAGAAUUGUCCCAGAGCUCCCAUUUGGUAACUGCAGUGAGGAGGAAGGCGCCUAGAAAUGGAACCUUUGUGGGGAAGCUGUAAAAUGACGCAUCUGGUUUGCUUCAAAGUAGGGUCUCGGUGGAUCGCUGUCCCUGGGGAACUGCGUGGUUAUGAAGAAGCCCACAGACGGUACGGCAAAUUGCCCUGGAAGACCCUGUUUGAGCCCACCAUCAAGAUCCUCGACCCUGGAAUCCGGAUCCCCGAGGUGCUGGGUCGGUUUCUCAGCCACCCCUUCAUACAGCCGUAUCUGAACAAAACGGCCUUAAGGUACAAGAAACCUGCACAAAGUCAGAUCACACCUGUGGGAUAGAAAUGCGUAAGAUCGAACCCAUCUAGUCCAGCAUUCUGUUCUUACAGUGGGCAGCCAGAUGCCUCUGGGAAGCCCCUUCCCCAACCAGGAGCCAGCCCUCUCCCCCUGGAUCCUUGGUUUCAGAACUGUUGGCAAAUGGGGACAAUGAGAGUCUCUUGCUGGCAAAGUCUUCAGCACAAAGGACAGCAGCCCUGGGCUCCAUACUAUCCCUGCUGUAAGGGCUUUUCUCACUGGGGUCCUUGAUUCCAAAAGGAGGGGAGGAGGUCAAAGGGCACAGCAGCCCAAAGCUUCUUUGGUGGCUCCCAGUGGGAAGAAGGCCCUGGAAGAGCCCUUGGCAAAAGUUUUGGGUGUUGUGGUGGAGGGCAGGCAGUGGGGGAAGCCAAUGCUGAGGGUGACUCUAGUAGCCUCUGUGCCCUUCGAAACACACCUCAUGUUAGACCAGGAAGAGAGAGAGAGAGAGAGAGAGAGAGAGAGAGAGAGAGACCAUCAAAAGUUAGUCCUAGUGCCCUACUGAACUGAAUAUGCAAGUUGCAUUGAGACUGACAAUCUGCAUGGAUACCCCUGCAGUGUAAGGUAAAGGUAAAGGGACCCCUGACCAUUAGGUCCAGUCAUGGCCGACUCUGGGGUUGCGACGCUCAUCUCGCUUUAUUGGCCGAGGGAGCCGGCGUACAGCUUCCGGGUCAUGUGGCCAGCAUGACUAAGCCACUUCUGGCGAACCAGAGCAGCACACGGAAACACCGUUUACCUUCCCGCUGGAGUGGUACCUAUUUAUCUACUUGCACUGUGACGUGCUUUCGAACUGCUAGGUUGGCAGGAGUUGGGAUCGAGCAAUGGGAGCUCACCCCGUCGUGGGGAUUCAAACCGCCAAUCUUCUGAUCAGCAAGUCCUAGGCUCUAUGGUUUAACCCACAGUGCCACCCACAUCCUUAGGACCCCUGCAGUGUAGAACAGUACAAAUGUGGCCUUUGAGAUGGUGGUCAGGAAAUCGUCAGAGCAAGAAAGCUAAAUUGGAAGUUAAAUCGCUCCAGGCUUAAGGCUUUGGGGAAGGGCUAUGGAGCCCCCCCCCUUUUUUUGCCUUCCUUCACAGCUGGUUAUAUUUGGGUCUUAGGAGCCAUUCCUGCUGCAGCCUCUGCUCUUAGAAUCCAGAGUCAGGAACUGAUGGCGGUCACUCUCUCUUUCAGAAAACUCUUUUACAACAAGCAGGGGGCCGCCCUGGGAGCUGGAGACCUCCUUCGAUGGCCAGCCCUGGUGGAGACCCUGAGGGCUGUGGCAGAAAAAGGAGCCAAUGAGUUUUAUCGGGGAACCACAGCAGAGAAGUUGGUGCAGGACAUAGUGAAAGAAGGUGACCAGUCUUUUUUUAAAAUUAUUAUUGUUGUUGUUGUUGUCAUUAUUUUAUUUAUGAUUUUCAGUUUUAUACAUUUCAAUAAUUUUAUAAUCAUUUUAACAUUUCAAAACUCGACCUCCUUCCCCCUCUUUCUGCGGUUCAUUAAAUUUAUUUUUAAAAUCUUCUGCAUAUCCAAAUUAACUUAAUUUGCUCAUUUAUUCAACUACUUUAAAUAUAUAUAUACUUUUAUAAAACUGCAGGUUAUUACAGUAAAUCUGCCAAUAUUCUUAUCUGUUUACAGUUUAUUUGCAAAUAUUCAACAAACCAUUUCUUCAGUUGGGACCGUGCUCGUUUUCCAUUUGGGGGCUAACAGAACACGGGCCGCAGUGUUAGCAUACAUAAAUAACCUUUUCUUUUCUUUUUUUUGACACCUGGGAAUUUCAGUCUGAAUUAUCCCCGACAGAAAGGACUCUGGUUUUUGCUUUCCUUUAUCUGCCCUGCUGAGAAGGGUGCAAGCAGAUUUUCCAAUACCUUGGAAAACAUUACUGAUUCCACAGCAGCCUAAUCAGAAUUUGGCACCCCGUUCCCUUUUCCAGAUCCGUCCCAGCCCUCGCUUUGCCGCCUCACUCUUGCAAGUGACACUUGUAGGCUGUUUCCCCCUCCCCACUCCUUCCUUCCAUUGUCCCCUUCCUCUCCUGGGAUGGCAGCUGCCAGGGAAGGAGUCCCAGCUCCCUUUGCUGUGUAAGCCUCCCCUCCCCACUCCUUGAGAAGGAACCACAUUCCCUCCUUAGCGUCAGGGGUCACUGAGACUUCCUGCAAGCAGUUCCUCUCAUUUGCGCUCGGGAUUUGAGCUAUUUUCUGCCCCUGCUGCAGCUCAGAUAAGGCCUGACACAUCUUCCUCUUGUUUUCCAGGCAGCGCCUUGUCCCUGAGAGACCUCAGGGAUUACCGAGUAGAAGUGAUGAGCCCUGUGAACAUCUCCCUGGGUGAAUACACUGUGUACUCUGCCCCGCGUCCUGCAGCGGGGCCCAUUCUCCUAUUUAUCCUCAAUGUCCUCAAAGGUAAAUGAGGGGUCCAUUUGGUUCACUGCAUAUCAGGAAUGGGGAGAUUCUGGCUCUGCGGUGCUGCUGUGUGGGUGGAGAAGGGGAGAGUGGCAGAGACACCACCAAAAAACACUGCAGACCAGGAGAAGAGGAGGCCCCUGGACCACUUCCUUCAGUAACUCUCAUUUGGCAGCUUCAAUCUGAUGCCCUUUCAACCUCCUUUAGCCUUGGGCAAUGAUCCAACAGUUAUACUUUAUCUUCACAAUCUGAAUUUCAGGAACCAAAAUGCCUUUUCUGUGCAGCCUGAGCAGGAGCAGUGAAUGACAUUAUAUUUGCUUGUCAUAACUUGUCUUCACUUACCCCAACCCCCACCAUAGCUGUCAACCGUCCCUUAUUUGGCGGGAAACUCUCUUAUCCCAGCGCUGUGUCCUGCUGCUGUCCCUUAUUGAUGAUGUCCCUUAAAUUUCCCAGGUUUCAAAGGAAGCAGCUCCUCUCCCUCCCUCCCUGCCGGCCAGGGAGGCGGGAGGCUCCAACUGUGUUGCUUGGCUGCGUUGCUCACCCAAUAAGGAGUCUAAGAACGACUGGGGGUGGAGCUUGCAUGCCUUGUGCUGAUCAAAUCAGCCGCGUUGCCUGGGGACUCGUCUUUGCUCAGUGCUUCCCAGCGGAGAGGUGACAGUGGUUUUCCUUGCUGCAUCCCCUUUGCUGGGUUGCUGCGCUGUGGGAACCACCGCUUGAGGCUUUGUUUGGCUGCUGGCUGGGCUUUCUGCCUUUGGCUCAGAGGGGCUCAGAAGUUGAACAUACCUGUGCUCCGAAAAUCCCUUAUUUUGGCUGCUGAUCCCUUAUUUUUGAGGAUGCUGGUCCCUUAUUUUUGAGGAUGCUGGUCCCUUAUUUUCAAAUCUGUAAGUUGACAGCUAUGACCCCCACGGCUGUGUGAAGAAUCUUGUAAUGAAUGGUCUGUGUCACCAUUAAGAAAAAGAGGUCGGAAUAGGCCAAUAGAUAUGUGGACUGUUCCCUGGACCAAGUGCCUUUUCUUCUUUAAGUUCUCAAGAGCUCUUAACCUAGCUCAAAGUUGUCACCUGAACUAGCCAGACGUUUAACCAAGAAUCAAUGCGAAGUGUAGGUGGGUUCCUACGAGGGAAGACACAGUGAUAACAGCAAAAACCUUUAUUGAACUACGUAACUGGGAAACAGAGGCAAAGCAACUGCUUAUAUAACAUUUCUGAAAGCCUAGGCCACUCCCACUCCCAACGUGAUUGGCUGUCUAAACUUCCAAACUGCAAAUCACGACUCAGAGUCCAAGGUCCAAUGGCAGAGGCCCAAAUCCUGAAAUGUUCUGUGUAUCGAAUCAGAACACAGGAGCUCAGAAUCCCUAAUCCAGACUUAAGCUCAGGCAAACACAGACCACUGAAUACGUAAGACAAUCACAGCCACUCAAUCCUUUGAAAAAAUAAUACUUACCCCAAAAUGGCAAGUAGACAUUCUGUUUUGGCAAUUGUAGCCUUGGUUUAAGGAGCCAUUUGGUGCCUAUCUGAGUUUCUAACACAGCCAAGGGUCAUUCCCUGGAUCUCAGAAGAGCGCCGCAGAGUCCUUUCUGCUCUUCCUUAGGCCUGGGUGCUCAGAGCUAGCUAUUCCUGACUUCCAGGUUUCAACUUCACCAAAGAGUCCAUGAGCACACCUAGCCAGAGUGCUGAGACUUACCACUACAUCGCAGAAACUCUGAAGUUUGCCAACGGCCAGAGAGUAAAAGUGGACGACCCAGUUUUUUCCCGAACUGGAAAGGUGGGUGAUCUGGGAGCCUGUCGGUCUUCAUCCUUUUUAAAAGCUUUGUUGCCUUAUUUUUUUUGGGGGGGGGAAUCUAUAGUGCCCCCCUUCCAAUGGUUCCAGAUAAUCAUUAAUAUAUAUAUAUAUAUGUACAUCUAGAGCUGCCUUGGUCAACCUGGUGCCCCCCAGAUGUUUUGGACCGCAACUCCCAUCUGCUGAUGGUUGAUGAGGGUUGUAGUCUGAAAGGAAUCAGAUAAGAACAGGGAUAUUUUUCAGCCGGAAUUUACUGGAACUCAGGUGGACUCCAUUGCCAUUGUAAGAGAACAAGGAAAGAGUUCAUGGAGAGUCCUGGCACGUCUUUCUUCUAGAAAAAAGCACUGGAUAAGAAUGUAAGGAACUCUGGAGCUUCAUGCCAUCCUCAUCUAGCAUGGAUAAAUGAGUCUCUUCAUGCUUCCAAAAGACAGGGUUUGGGGCUUUGGUUUUGUCUGGACCGCAAGGGGAGGGAGUUUUGCAAAUUUGGACAGAGUUGAGGGGCAGCUGCUGUGGAGAGAAGACAAGAGGGGGAAACUCUCUUCUUUGCUCAUAAUUGCAGAGCUGUGCAGGCAGCUGAUGCCUCAGCAUUCUGUCAUCAUGAAGCCCAAAUAUUCUAGUUAUCAUAAAAUUGAGAUCAAGCAGGUGCCUUCACUGUACUCUUUUUGGCGCCUGGUAAGAACGUUCUUGUUUAGGUGAGCCUACCCAGAGGCUUGGAAAGUUGAGGUAAUGUUAACCUGUUUUAGCAUUUUAACUUUUGUUUUUACAAUCAAGCCGUGUGUACGUACAGCAUAUAUAAUAAUAGAAUCAAGACAUUUUCCGUUUCAGCAAUUCAAUUUCACAAUCUGAUUUCUGAUAUAGAAUAGCUUUCAAUCGUUUUGCCUGUUGGGAUGUGAAUCGAAGCUAGGAGAGGAUAUAUUUAUGAGCUGUUAUCCUUCCUUCCUCACGUUUGUGAGUUCAGCAUCGUGCCAUCCCUUUACAGCUUAAAACAGAAAGCUUAGAUAGGCUAGUUUCAUCCAAUACAGGUUGCUUUGAGGCAGACUGGAUUCUCCUCUUAUUUCCCUCUUUCCUCACCAUUAGAACAAUAACCACACAAACAAGUCUUGUUAAAAAAACCUCACCAUUUACUCACUCAGAAUACUUGCUAAAAAGUAACUGGCACAGCAGCUUUGUUCAGGCGGGCUUAAAGUGGUCAUUUAAUUACAAAGGCAUACUUAAGUCUAGCUCAUGGGUUGGCAGACUAAGGCUCAGGGGCCAAAUCCAGCCCAAUUGCCUUCUAAAUCUGGCCCACAGAUGGUCCGGGAAUCAGCAUGUUUUUACAUGAGUAGAAUGUGUCUUUUUAUUUAAAAUGCAUCUCUGGGUUAUUUGUGGGGCCUGCCUGGUGUUUUUACAUGAAUAGAAUGCGUCCUUUUAUUUAAAAUGCACCUCUGGGUUAUUUGUGAGGCAUAGGAAUUUGUUCAUAUUUCCCCCCAAAAUAUAGUCCGGCCCCUCACAAGGUCUGAGGGACAGUGGACUGGCCCCCUGCUGAAAAAGUUUGCUGACCCCAGGCAUAGGGUGCUGGGGAUGAGUUUAUGGAAGAUGGGGGGCAAUGGGCUGAAAAAGUUUGGGAGCCAGUGGGCAAGACAGGUAAAUAGCUGCUUUUUCUGCAGCUGAAGAUAAGCACUGCAAGACGUUGCGUCCUGCAGUUUACAUUCCUAUCCCACGGAGCCCAGCUUUGACUUUUCCAGAGGGCACCAUUCCUCCUUUGCGGCUGAGGCUAUCAGGACCUGCCUCACUGAGAUGCGCUGUGUUUUUUAGGAUGUCUUGAGCGAGCUGAUCUCGGACUCCUUUGCUAGCCAAGUCAGGCAGCAGAUCGAUGAGCGAGGAGACCACCCAGCAUCCCACUACGACUCUGCCCAGGUGGGAAGGACCUCGUUUGGCACUUCCCACGUUUCCGUCCUGGCUGAAGAUGGGAGCGCCGUGUCAGCCACCAGCACCAUUAACUACCCGUAAGUAGGAGCGGGUGAGCCCCAAGGGCAAAGGCGGGACAGAAGCUUCUUCUGUGCUUUCUCCCAAAGCACAUAGCUGUCAACCGUCCCUUAUUUGGCGGGAAAGUCCCUUAUCCCAGCGCUGUGUCCCGCUGCUGUCCCUUAUUGAUGAUGUCCCUUAAAUUUCCCGGGUUUCAAAGGAAGCAGCUCCUCUCCCUCCCUCCCUGCCGGCCAGGGAGGAGGGAGGCUCCAACUGUUUUGCUUGGCUGUGUUGCUCACCCAAUAAGGAGUCUAAGAAUGACUGGGGGGGUGGAGCUUGCAUGUCUUGUGCUGAUCAAAUCGGCCGCAUUGCCUGGGGACUCGCCUUUGCUCAGCACUUCCCAGCGGAGAGGUGACGGUGAUUUUCCUUGCUGCAUCCCCUUUGCUGGGUUGCUGCGCUGUGGGAACCACCGCUUGAGGCUUUGUUUGGCUGCUGGCUGGGCUUUCUGCCUUUGGCUCAGAGGGGCACAGAGGUUGAACAUAUCUGUGCUCCGAAAAUCUCUUAUUUUGGCUGCUGAUCCCUUAUUUUCGAGGCUGCUGGUCCCUUAUUUUCAAAUCUGUAAGUUGACAGCUAUGCCAAAGCAGGGCCUCCAGACAGCCCCCUUUAUUGCAAUAAUUUCAUGCGCUGGAAGUUUCCCUGUCUGAAACUCUGGAGAUCCAUUUCUAUCAGUCAGUGCAGAAAACAUGGAGCCUUAUGGACCAACGAUUUAACUCUGUGCUUCCUAUUUAAAUCAGACCUUAAUUCAGAACCACCUGGUUGGCCACUGUAAGAAGAUGCUAGACUACAUGAGCGUAGCCAGGAUUUUUUUUGGGGGGGGCAGGAUUUUUUAAGGGGGCAGACCCUUAAAUUUGUAUUGAUUUUGAUUGAUAUAGGGGGCAGUCCCCCCCUUGCUUAUGCCCAUGCUGGACUAGAUGGGCCUUUGGCUUGAUCCUUGAGGCAAGCUCUCCGUGUGCCCUGAGGACUAGAAUCUUGUUUUAAUUUUAGGGGAAGGGCCAUAGCUCAGCGGCAGAGCAUUUGCACAAAAAGGCCCCAGGUCCAAUCCCCAGCCAUAUUUCCAGGCAGGGAUGGGGAGAGACCCCUGUCUGAAAUGCUGAAUUGCUGCCGGUCAGUGUUGGGAAUAUGGAGUUAGAUGGACCAAUGGUCUGACUCAAAAUAAGGCACCAUCCUACGUUCCAACUGCUGGGCUGUGGGAGGCAGAGAGCGGGAUGCCUUCUCCAUGGUUCCUGGCCCUCUUGCAGGGACAGAGGUCUGGCAAUCUUCCUGUUUUAAUUCCUACAGAAGGAUAAGAAAAUAUUUUUAUUAACAAUUUCAACAUACAAACUAUCAAAACAUAUCAUAUUCACUAUUAUUUUUUCCCUCCCCCCCCUUCAAACCAUAGCUGUCAACGUUACCCUUUUCUUAAGGGAAAUUCCUUUAUUCCAAAUAGGAUUCCUCACAAGAAAAGGGAAAAGUUAUGCUUCAAACAGUUAUGCUUCAAACCCUCCGCCCCCCCGACUUCCCUCAACUCCUCUCUCUGAUUUCUCAGCACAUAUUGUUCUCUGCAUGUUAUAAAAUUAUACAUAUCCUUACGUUAUCUAUCUGUCAUGUUAUCAACCAAUAAAUUUGUGUAUGUUUAUUCAAAAUCUGCCAAGGAGUCCAGUUCAUUUUGUUGUCUUUUUAGAUACUUUGUAAAAGGCUCCCGUUCUUCCUUAAAGUCACAGUUGUCCCGCAGUUUGUAUGUCAAUUUAGUCAGUUCUGCAUAACUCAUCAAUUUUUCUUGCCACUGAGAACUGUGUCCCUCUUCUCUCCCCAUGCUCAGGUUUGGCUCCAUGGUGUAUUCGCCACAGACUGGGAUCAUCUUAAACAAUGAACUCGCUGACUUUUGCAUGAAGAAGUCAAGUGACAGGAUCUCACCAGGUGAGCUCCACCUCUGCUGGGAAAGCCCAUCGCAAGCACAAAUGCUGGGCAGGAGGGAAUGCAUGGAUAAUAAUAAUAAUAAUAAUAAUAAUAAUAAUAAUAAUAAUUUAUUUAUACCCCACCCAUCUGGCUGAGUUUCCCCAGCCACUCUGGGUGGCUCCCAAUCGAGUGUUAAAAACAAUACAGCAUUAAAUAAUAAAAACUUCACUAAACAGGGCUGCCUUCAGAUGUCUUUUAAAAAUAGGAUAGCUGCCUAUUUCCUUCACAUCUGAAGGGAGGGCGUUCCACAGGGCGGGCGCCACUACCAAGAAGGCCCUCUGUCUGGUUCCCUGUAACCUCACUUCUCACAAUAAGGGAACCGCCAGAAGGCCCUCGGCGCUGGAUCUCAGUGUCCGGGCUGAACGAUAGGGGUGGAGACGCUCUUUUAAGUAUACUGGACCGAGGCCGUUUAGGACUUUAAAGGUCAGCACCAACACUUUGAAUUGUGCUCGGAAAUGUACUGGGAGCCAAUGCAGAUCUCUCAGGACCGGUGUUAUGUGGUCCUGGCGGCCACUCCCAGUCACGAGUCUAGCUGCCGCAUUCUGGAUUAAUUGCAGGAUGGAUGGAUGGAUAGAUGAAUGGAUGAUAGAAGAGUCUCAAUGGGGGUUGAUUGGAUUCCAGGACACCUCACCCACACCCUGAAGAAAAAGGAGAUCAAAUUGGCUGUGGAUCUUCUUUCGGCUCAUUAACCUAAAGGUGCAAAGAUUUCUCUCCAACAAUAAGGAGAGAGAGAAAAAAAUAAUUAUUGAGAAUUAUAGGGACAGAACUACCUAAAUUGUAUAAAAUUUAUUCAUGUAUGCUACUUGCUACUUGCCCAAAAAUGGAAAGAAGAAGAAGUCCCAGCAAAGGAAGAAUGGAUACAAAAACUUAUGGAAUAUGCAGAAAUGGUGAAACUUACCAGGAGAAUAUUAAAUCAAGAUAGCAAACUUUUUAAAAUAAAAGAAUGGAAAUGGUUUGUUGAAUAUUUACAGAUAAAUUGUAAACAGAUAAAAACACUGGCAGGGUUAUUGUAAUAACCUGCAGUUACGUAAGAGUAUACAGUGGUACCUCAGGUUAAGUACUUAAUUCGUUCCGGAGGUCCGAUCUUAACCCGAAACUGUUCUUAACCUGAAGCACCACUUUAGCUAAUGGGGCCUCCUGCUGCUGCGUGCCGCCAGAGCACGAUUUCUGUUCACAUCCUGAAGCAAAGUUCUUAACCCGAGGUACUAUUUCUGGGUUAGCGGAGUCUGUAACUUGAAGUGUAUGUAACCUGAGGUACCACUGUAUAUUUAAAGAAGAUAAAUAAAUAAGUUAACUUAUGCAGAACUUACGGAUAUGCAGAAGAUAUUAAAAAUAAAUUUAAGGAACUGCAGAAAGCGGGGGAAGGAAGUCAAGUUUUGGAAUGUUAAAAUGAUUGUAAAAUCAGUGAAAUGUAUAUAUCUGAAAAGCAUAAAUAAAAUUUAGAGAGAGAGAGAGAGAGAGAGAGAGAAAUAAUAAUAUCCAAAUGCACAAGGUGAGGUUUUUCCUCUCUGUUUUAAAAGUGACUGUAUAGGUUGCUCACCCUCCCAUUUCUUGGUGCCCCCACCUAUAGGAGAGAUGCCCCCUUCUUCCAUGACACCAUCCAUCCUCAUUUCCCGCGAUGGGCAGUCAAAGCUGGUGGUCGGAGGGUCAGGCGGGCAACUCAUUAUCCCUGCUGUCGCGCUGGUAAGUUGACAAAAAAACUGGAUUCCUGGCUUUAGCAUGGAGAGCUGAAGCUGCACAGUUAACACCUGUGAAAUCUGUCCUUUUGCUUUCUGAUUUGUCCUGGGGAAAAUGGCUUAAGUUUUGUUUUGAAAAGGUAGACUGCCUCUGGACUUGGAGGCUUGAUUGAACUCUCGUGGUCAGCAUCUGUUGCUAUUUAUUUGUUCACUUAUUUGUUUAUUGCAUUUAUAACACACCCUUUUCUCCAAGGAGCUGAAGGUGGCAUAUAUGGUUCACCUCCCACCCCCGCCAUUUUAUCCUCACAACAAUCCAGUGAGGUAGGAUGGGCUGAGAGGGGCAGUUACUGUCCCAAGGUCACCCUAGUGAGCUUCAUGGCCGAGUCGGGAUUCGAAACCUGGUCUCUCCCAGGUGCUGGUGCCACACUUUAAUAAUAAUAAUAAUAUUAAUAAUAAUUUAUUAUUUAUACCCCGCCCAUCUGGCUGAGUUUCCCAAUCCACUCUGGGUGGCUCCCAAUCAAGUAUUAAAAACAAUACAGCAUUAAAUAUUAAAAACUUCCCUGAACAGGACCGCCUUCAGAUGUCUUUUAAAGAUAGCAUAGCUACUUAUUUCCUUCACAUCUGAAGGGAGGGUGUUCCACAGGGUGGGCGCCACUACCGAGAAGGCCCUCUGUCUGGUUCCCUGUAACCUCACUUCUCGCAAUGAGGGAACCGCCAGAAGGCCCUCGGCGCUGGAUCUCAGUGUCCGGGCUGAACGAUGGGGGCGGAGACGCUCCUUCAGGUAUACAGGACCGAGGCCGUUUAGGGCUUUAAAGAUCAGCACCAACACUUUGAAUUGUGUUCGGAAACGUACUGGGAGCCAAUGCAGAUCUCUCAGAACCGGUGUUAUGUGGUCCCGGCGGCCACUCCCAGUCACCAGUCUAGCUGCCGCAUUCUGGAUUAAUUGCAGUUUCCGGGUCACCUUCAAAAGUAGCCCCACGUAGAGCGCGUUGUAGUAGUCCAAGCGGGAGAUAACUACACCACUACACCACACUGUCUGCCUGCUGCGAGACUUCUCUUCCAUGAACAUGUCUAAAGCCAAGCUGCUCCUUCUCUUGCAGACCAUCGCUAACAAGCUGUUUUUUGGGUAUGAUGUGGACAAAGCUAUCAAGGCACCGAUUCUCUUCGUGAACAGCAGCUACGGCAUCGAAGUAGAGAAAUCCUUUGACAAGGUGAGACUUGUGAGCAGCUCUCUGGGGUCGCAAGGGGAGCCAUGAGACAGAGGCGUAACUCCAACAUGUCCCAGAAGAAAACUGGCACACAGGUCUCUGGGGGCUGUGAUCUCACAAGACAGCACACCCCCCCUCCAAAAUGGGGCAUCCCUAUUAAAUCGGGACAGUUGAGGGGUAUGUCAGUGAUUGCCACAAGUCCUGCAGCGUGCAAAACAUAAAGCGACAGCCCUGUGCCAGUUUUUAGCUCUGCGCUGCGGACUACAACUCCCAUCAGCCCCAGCAAGCACAACUAGGCUCUCAUCACCUCCUGUGUCAUAUGACCAGUCUGGCUGGGGCUGAUGGGAGUUCUAGCUCCUGGGGGAGCCUGCUGUACAGAUCCCAGAGUCAAUCCCUGGCGGCAGCAUCUCCAGGAAAGGUUGGGAAUGGCCCGUGGGCAUGAAAUCUUGGGAGAGUCACUGCUGCGAGUUGGCAGCAACAAUAUUGAGCUAGACGGUGUUAGAAUUCCUGCUCCAUGAUUGCAGUCAUGGGAUUUUCGUCUAUCACAUGACAGUAUGUGUUUUGGCUCCACAGAGUGGGAAGUGACAGAGACAGGAUGUUUGUGUUACUGUGUUCCAUGAAGUGGGACUCUUGUCCUUUGCUCUUUCUCUUUGCUAUCUGAUGCUAGAGAGAGAGGGAGCCAUGUUGCAGUGCAAAUGUAAAUACUUUAUGUAAAUAAAGUAGAUUAGCCAAAAUGCUGAGCUGCUGAGGUCUGUCAUGCAAGCUGCGAAGACUCUGCGGAUCCCUAAGUGUGCUGGUGUCUGCUGGCAUCAGUCGCUGUGAUGUUCGGGCUGAAGAAAGCUUUUGAAGCUCCCGAAUGAUUGACCAGGAGGGAGAGAACAUGCCAGUUGGGCAUGUGUCUCUGCCAGGGUCCUACUCGAGUGUAGGACGAGCUCCUGACAGACAGACCACUAAUUUGGCUUUGCCUAAGGAAGCUUCCUAUGUUCAGAGUGAUGCCUGUAUUUCCUCUACCCUCCUCCUCUUCUUUUCCUUGCAGAGUGUUGAGGCGGCACUGAAGCAAAAGGGCCAUGCGGUGAAGACGAUACAAUGGAGCCUGAACGUGGUGCAAGCUGUUUCUAAGGACGGCCCCUGCCUCUUCCCCUACUCGGAUCUAAGGAAAAAUGGCCAAGCCUCUGGCUAUUAGUAGCUCAGCUGCUAUUUGGCCUGAGGCAAAGCCAGAGUCUGCCUGCCUGCCUGCCCCUCUGCACUCUCUCAGAGCAGCUGCUACAGCUUUGCAGCCACUUCUGGGUCUGAAAAAAACAUGAACUUGUUGCAGCUGGAUCCCUCCAUCACAUAUUUCUUUUUCUCGGGGAGAGAGACAGACAGACAGACAGACAGACAGACAGACAGACAGAGAGUGAGAGGUGUUUACAAGAGCAGUGCUAUACUGUAGAAGAACUGAGCCAAAAAACAGCCCUUGCUUUUGCUGCAGCCUGAGAGUGCAAGACGGACCUUCACCUCUCUCACCAGCUCCUAGCACCUUCUGUCCAGGCUAUGUGUCGAGAUCCAAGGAAGAUGGGCAGCCUCGCAGGGAAGAGAAGCUGGCAUGAGUGUGUGGCAGACAAGAGAAAACCAUUUGCCAGCAUUUGCCGCUCUGUGAAAGAUCUGGGUUGUGGUGGCAGCAGCAGCUGGUGGCAAAGGACCUGCCUAAGGAUAUUUUCUGCAGGCAGGCAUGCAGGCAGUGAGUUCCUUCCCCGGAUAAUGCGAUGGUUCUGGCUCCUCAGAGGAGGAGCCAGCCUGCAGAUUUCAUGAUGCCGGAGGCUGCAAAGUGCUGGGGACGAAGCUUGCCUCAUCAGCCCACAGCCAGAAAAUGAAAAACGCCUCUUUGACCCUUUGGCAGCAAACUCCCAAGAGCGGACACUUGGUAGACUCUUUCCCUGCAUGGGAUCACAAGUGCUCCGGGUGAAGAGAGAGCUGCUCGAUGCAACAGCUAGAGCAGGCAAGAUCAGCAGCUCCAAAUUGUGUUUAGGGGUGUGUGUGCAGAGGGCAUUGUUGAUGCCAAGCCAGGAGCUUCAUUCAGCAAAAGGACAGCUGUGCAGGAUUUGUGUUUUCUUCUUCGUGCAAGUUUGACGUGCAGAGUUCUAUAUUUUUUAAUAAAUGAAUUGUCUCCUUUUAUAUAUAGUCCAAAUCUCUGAGUUCCUAGCUCAAGCUUUUAGCUGCCCCCUGCCCCAAUUUUACCACCCCCACAUCCGGACUUACUGUAGACCAAGAGGGACUGGAGUGGGAGGGCACCCUCCUCACUUGGGUUCAAUUUUGCUGUUUCUGAAACUGCCCCUGAUAAGGUGUCAGGCUUCAGGGACUCGGCUCCCUCCUCAACCCCUUUGGCAGUAGAUAAGCAGAACAAAGAGAAAGGAGUCUCUUACCAGUUAAGAGAUUUUAAUGAACACAGCGAGAGAACAACGCAUCUAUUCUUUGGAAUGAUGGUGCUCCCAAUUAAGGUUUCCACCCACUUCUCCUCUGGUCAUCCACGGCACUUCCGCAUCCUGCAACCUAAUCUCGCAACCACUGUGCCUUAUGUGCGGCCACCUUAUCUGCCCUCCUUGACCUUGGGCUGAUCGGAUGGACGCUUUCUAGCAACAUUGAGUCUGUUAACUCUCUCUCUCCCAGUUCUUCCUCUCCUAACUGUUCACCCCCCAGUUCUUCCCAACUUCUGUCUUUUGAACUAUGUCCCUCUGCCAACCACUACUCCAAAUCUAUACUAUCCUGGGAAGAUUCAGGAUCCUAAUUAGGAGCAGGGGGAGGGAGAGGCUCCCACCAUUCCUCCUCAGGGCCACACAGUCCGUGACAAGGAUGGAGAGAGGGGCGUUUCUCAAACUGGAGGGGGGGCAUCACAGGCCAUUUCUUCUGGCUUUGAUGCAUACACCUUCCGAUGCAGCAAAAUAUGUACAAAAACAUUUGGGGGAGGCCACCAUUAACUGUGAGCCACCCCAGGGGUAGUGAGGCCAUUCUUUCUUCAGGCGUUAAACUGAGACCCGGCUAACCUUAAAAGCUUUCGCCAUCUUUACACAAACCUUCUUCAUUAUUAAAGUCAAAAAAUGGUUUUCAGCUGAGUUGCCCACAGUGUUCCAGCUCUCUAGUUGACAGUCCCAGUCCCACUAAAAACCAAAACCUUCUUCACAAUGCUCUUGGCUUUGAUGGGCCUCUUUAAGUUUUCCCAAAUGAAACAGCUGUUUCUGUUGUCUUAUUUUUUUAUAGAACAGUAGAAGGAGAACAGACGCUUGGGACU